CUGACGACAUACUCCAACUCUUCAGGCAGUGCACCUUCCACAUCCCAAGUAAGAUCGAUUUGCUCUCCGUUUCUAAUAUGCUUCAGAUUUUUUAUGAUGAUGUGUGUUUCGGUUGCUGAAAAUGAGGUUUCAAUUACGUCUAAAAAGCAAAGACAGCAAAAGGCAAUACUACAGUGGACAAAAAUUUUACCUGUCUCUUUGUGUGAUGCGUUUAAGUAUUUAUUGUAG